ACGUGGAACAAACUUCACCUUCGCAAUCUCUUCUUCUUCGUUCCUUGGGAACACACACAGAAGAAGCUGAAGCUUUUCUUCUCAUCGGUGAAGGAAGAGAUAUCAACAAUGGCGAAGCUCCUGCUUCUCCACGCGCCUCAUGUAAUACCGAGAUUCAAUACCAGAGCAACUUUCGUCGCCGUGGGGGCUCUUCGCAGACCUCUCAUUGCGAAUCAUCGCUCGGCUUCGCAUUUGUUUUCUCUCCGGCCGAGUCUUUCUCUGUCCAGUCGGAGAUUUUCGGUUCGUGCGUUCGAUGAUUCCCCGACGGAUGCGGAGAAAGAGCAGAAGCAGCAGCAGCAGCAGGAUAAUGGAGUUUCUGGGGAAAGAGGUAAAGAUGAGGACUAUCCGAGCGGAGAAAUGGUGUUCGAGAAGAGGAGUGCGUGGGAGAGUUUUGUCUUGAAGUUGCGGAUGCUUAUUGCUUUUCCUUGGCAGCGUGUUCGCAAGGGAAGCGUCUUGACCAUGAAAUUGCGAGGCCAGAUCACUGAUCAGCUAAAGAGCCGCUUCUCUUCAGGGCUAUCUCUACCCCAAAUCUGCGAAAAUUUCAUAAAAGCGGCAUAUGAUCCCCGUGUUGCUGGUAUCUACCUUCACAUUGAUCCCUUGAGUUGUGGGUGGGGAAAGGUUGAAGAAAUCCGGAGGCAUAUAUCUGAUUUUAAGAAAUCGGGUAAAUUUGUUGUGGGUUAUAUCAACAUCUGUGGAGUAAAGGAAUAUUAUCUUGGCUGUGCAUGCGAUGAGCUCUAUGCGCCUCCUAGUGCAUAUUCUUUUCUGUAUGGUUUGACUGUUGAAGCAUCCUUUCUUGGAGGUGUCUUUGAGAAAGUUGGGAUUCAACCGCAAGUGGAAAGGAUAGGCAAAUACAAAAGUGCUGGAGAUCAACUUGCCCGCAAAAAUAUAUCUGAAGAAAACUAUGAGAUGCUGAGCUGCCUUCUUGAUAAUAUUUAUGGCAAUUGGCUGGAUGGAGUUUCUAAUUCAACAGGAAAAAAGAGAGAAGAUAUUGAAAAUUUCAUCAACCAAGGAGUGUACAAUGUUGAAAAGCUAAAGGAAGAAGGAUUCAUAAAGGAUAUCCUGUAUGAUGACGAGGUUAUAUCGAUGUUGAAAGAGAGGCUUGGGGUUAAAAAAGACAAAAAUCUUCCUAUGGUUGAUUACAAGAAAUACUCCGGAGUUAGGAAAUGGACUGUCGGUCUAACAGGUGGUCGAGACCAGAUAGCUCUUAUCAGAGCAAGUGGAAGCAUUUCUCGAGUUAAGAGUCCAUUAAGUACUCCCAGCUCAGGUGUAAUAGCAGAGCAACUAAUUGAAAAGAUCCGUAGUGUAAGGGAGUCCAAAAGAUAUAAGGCUGCCAUCAUUCGGAUUGACAGUCCGGGAGGUGAUGCUCUUGCUUCUGACUUAAUGUGGAGGGAGAUUAGACUUUUGGCAGAGAAAAAGCCUGUCAUCGCAUCAAUGUCAGACGUGGCCGCAAGCGGAGGUUAUUAUAUGGCGAUGGCUGCAAACGCCAUCGUGGCUGAAAAUUUAACAUUAACUGGCUCAAUCGGUGUUGUCACAGCAAGAUUUACGUUGGCCAAACUAUACGAAAAAAUUGGCCUCAACAAGGAAACAAUAUCUAGAGGAAAAUACGCCGAGCUUCUGGCAGCUGAUCAAAGACCUUUCAAGCCAGAGGAAGCUGAACUGUUUGCCAAGUCAGCACAACACGCUUACCAGCUUUUCCGAGACAAAGCAGCCUCUUCGCGCUCGAUGCCUAGCGAAAAGAUGGAAGAAGUUGCCCAAGGAAGAGUCUGGACUGGUAAGGACGCACAUUCCCAUGGUCUAGUUGAUGCUCUCGGUGGACUUUCCCGAGCUGUAGCUAUCGCUAAACAGAAGGCUAAUAUACCUCUUGGCCGAAAGGUGACGGUUGUCGAGCUCUCGAGACCUUCCCCAUCGUUACCGGAGAUAUUGAGCGGAAUAGGGAGCUCAGUGAUCGGAGUAGAGAGAACGUUGAAGGAACUGGCGGAAGAGUUGACGGUCGGCGAAGGAGUUCAAGCCCGAAUGGACGGAAUCUUGCUUCAGCAACUCACCGGAGAUUCUUCAGCAACUGCCAUCAUCACUUUGCUUAAAGAUUACCUCAGUUCUCUCCGAUGAGUUCCAUAUUUUCUGGUAUGAUUCCGAUUCUUUACUCUAAAAAAAACAUUCAAACCCAAGGGUGAAUUUUCCCUUCCAUAGUUUUUUUUAUAUAUAUUUCUUAAAGCAUUGAUACAUAAGCUUUGUAAUUCCGUUGUUCUCGGCAUACCAAAAACGGCUCCAUUCGCAGUGUACAAAGUAAAGUCUCUGAGAUA